AUGGCCGGCUUGGCGUCUGCCUUCCCAGCAGCAAUGCUCGAAGCUGCAUCAAGAGAUCCAGCCCUGGCAGCUCGAACUGCUGAGAUGGCUGAGAUGUUGACUCGCAACAGACUCGCGGGUCGUCAAGAAGGCGCUGAUGCGGCCGAGAAGCUGUUCGAGGCUGUUCCCGUUUUCGAUGCGAAGGCACAGUACAUCGAUGUCAGCGAGGGCAGCGGCCACGAGUAUGUUGCUCCUGGACCAAACGAUCUUCGAGGACCAUGUCCCGGAUUGAAUGCAUUCGCCAAUCACAACUUUCUCCCACAUAGCGGAUAUGCAACGAUCGGGCAAUUCAUCGACGUAACAGAGAAGGUCGUUGGUAUGGGAACAGAUUUGGCAGCUUUCUUGGCCGUUCUCGGUGGAGCCCUCGAUGGAGAUCUUCUAUCGUGGUCGAUCGCAGGAACUCCUCCAGCUGGUGUUGGUGGACCACUGUCAUCGAAUGGCAAUGGCCUGACUGGCUCCCACAACAAGUAUGAAGGAGACGCAUCUCCAACUCGACCUGACCUCUACGAAGCGGGCAACAACUACAAGACCGUCGCCAAACAGUUCCAAGAGAUGAUCGAUUACUCACCCGGUAGCGUCACUAUCGACUCGCUGACUGCAUUCCGAUCCAAGCGAUUCGACACCCAGAUCGCCAACAACCCCUACUUCUUCAACGGUCCCUUCACAGGAAUACUCGUCCAGCCCGCGGCAUACACUUUCAUCUUCCGCUUCAUGGCCAACCACUCCGCAGAGUACCCACGCGGCUACCUAUCCCAUGAAGUCGUUCAAUCAUGGUUUGGAGUUGAGGGUACCAAUGGCAACUACAAGGCAGUGCAAGGCACGGAGAGAAUUCCCGAGAACUGGUACAGACGUGCCAUCGAUGCUCCAUACACUAUCCCAUACUUCAACGCCGAAGUCCUCGCAGCCGCAGCUUUGCACCCCAAGUUCCUUGACGUUGGCGGCAACACUGGUACCCCCAACUCGUUCACUGGUGUUAACGUGGCCGAUCUUACUGGAGGCGUAUUCAACGGGACGAGUCUCGCUCAGGGAAACAACCUUGGUUGCUUUGCUCUCCAGGCUGCUGCUCAGGCCGAGCCAGAUCUUCUACUCGGCGAGUUCAAGACUCUUUUGACUACUCUUGGUGAUGUGGUGGAGAAGCUCUCUUGCCCACAGCUCGAGGCGAUGGAUGAGUCGUUGCUCGAGAUGUACCCGGGGUACAUGAAGGACCGAACCUAUGACACUGCUGACAUUCUCGAUGAGACACUUGGGGGUCUCGGUGCGAUUGUUUGA